AUGGGUGCCUCUGUAUCGAAGAUGAUGGGGAAGAUCUUCGGCACGAAGGAGAUGCGUAUCCUCAUGCUGGGUUUAGAUGCUGCGGGAAAGACUACCAUUCUCUAUAAACUGAAGCUCAGCAACCAGGACGUCACUACGAUCCCUACCGUCGGAUUCAACGUCGAGAGCGUGACCUACAAGAACGUCAAAUUCAACGUGUGGGAUGUUGGCGGUCAGGACAAGAUUCGACCCCUUUGGAGGCAUUAUUACUCGGGCACGCAGGGGUUGAUCUUCGUAGUGGACUCCAGCGAUACGGCCCGACUUGAGGAGGCGCGGUCAGAGCUGCACAAGAUCAUCAAUGAUCGUGAAAUGAAGGACGCGCUGCUUCUGGUCUUUGCCAACAAACAAGAUAUCUCUGGACAUCUGAGUCCCGAGGAGAUCACCCAACAACUUCAGUUGACCAAGCUGAAGGACAAGCUGUGGUAUGUCGCGCCUAGUGUGGCGACGGACGGAACCGGUCGAUUCCUGCGCCGCGUGCCUGGUUCCCCGACCGGACCAAAACAAUCGCUGACCCGCACGGUCUCCACUUUGCAGGCGUGGCUCUCGAACAACGUCAAAACCCAAACCGCCAAAUAA